CUCCCUCCCUCAACUCGCCCCCUCCGUUCACCUUCGAGGUCUCAAGUCGCAAAAAUGGGUGGUGUCUCCGUUCGCGAUGUGGACGCGCAGAAGUUCAUUGCUGCCUACUCGGCGUUCCUGAAGCGUCAGGGCAAGCUCCCCAUCCCCGGCUGGGUCGAUACCGUCAAGACCUCCGCCUCCAACGAGCUCCCUCCCCAGGACCCUGACUGGUACUACGUCCGUGCCGCCGCCGUCGCCCGUCACAUCUACGUGCGCAAGACCGUCGGUGUUGGCCGUCUGCGCAAGGUCCACGGCUCCACCAAGAACCGUGGUGCCCGCCCGGCCCACCACGUCGACGCCUCCGGGUCCGUCGACCGUAAGGUGAUGCAGUCUCUGGAGAAGAUCGGCGUCCUCGAGCAGGACGAGGACAAGGGCGGCCGCCGCAUCUCGCAGAGUGGCCAGCGGGAUCUGGACCGGAUCGCCAAGACCACCGUCGACGAGGAGGAGGAGGAGGAUGACGAAUAGAUUCGGUUUUUGAAAGUUUUUUCUUUUUAACUUUGCUCUCUCAGCAUUAUGCGAUGUGGAAACUGAAAACCGAACCUGAAUUGAAAAGGAAAUUAUUUUUUUUUCUCUCUUAAUGAUUAAGAAAAAAAAGGAAAACAAAAAAGUGCAUUUCAUCUCUUCUUAUCUUUGUCUUCCUUGCUUUGUUGCCCACUGCUUUGCUGCAUAGGCGCUUUAUGCUUUAUCUCUUUGUUAACGUACAGGAGAAAGCGAGAGGAAGGAAGAAGUCCACUGACCACACUCCCUUCGACUGAGACGAAGGUGAAGUGGAAUGGAUCUAGAGUGAGAUGAGGACGGACACCGGGACUGGAUACUAUUAUUUAUCUAUUUGAGGAAUGUACUCGAUUUCAUGUUCAA